ACAGCAUCAUCGAGGCGAAGCUGGUGUCACGCACAAAAAAAAGAAAGCAUAAUAGGAGUCACCGAGCAAACUGGGAGCCCACAAUUCGGACGCUCAGGUGGAGGGGUCACGUCUGAAUGUAUGAGCCUCAUUCAUUAAACUCUCUCAAGUCCUGUUUGAGCCGUAACCAUAUGGUUAAGCCCAGGACACUCCACUGCUGGGACACGUUUCUCUUAACUUUCUGGACUUAACUUUUUUUUUCCCUCCAUCUGAACCGUUCGUUAGAACCAUAUCUUUUUUUUUAUUAUUCGAUGUUUAUUUUUCAAUCAGCUUUGCUCUUUUUAUUUCAAGACCAAGAAGCUGCGUUACUCAAGAAGAUCGACUUUGUUCUUGUGAUUAUCAGCCUUCAUUCAGCCGGAGUCAGGAACAAAGGCAUUAGUGUCAACGCUAAAUGUUUUUCCCACUUUAAGACUUCAGCAUUAUUCCCCGAACAACUUAACAAAAGGAAACUACAAACCUCCAAGUCUGAACAAAUUGAAACCCUCAUUUUGUUUGAUUUUCCUCUACAUUUGCGUCUUGGAUACUUUUUGGACUCAGCAGCCAAGUACAGUUGAGGAACAAUCACCUCGUCCAGCCUGGCUCUCGGCGUUAAUUCUCCUGGAAGAGUUCCUGUGUACACUUCUAUACCAGUUGCAUAUUCACUUUCACUAGUUUUUAUUUUAUUAGUUUUGUAAAAAAAAAAUGUAUUGAGGCAAAAAAGAUCAUAUCUGAGUUGGACUCCAACAACUGGCGCUGGAGUUGAAUUACUAUUGUUCUGCUGUUGAAGGAGCGAGUCCUUUGUUCAGCAGCGAGAUGAGCGUAAACCUCUCUGCACCUGCGCUCCCGCUGCGUCUAAAGCGAGUGGACUGUGAAGACUCCCAAAACACCCAUGCACCAAAAUGCAAGCGUCGUAAGCUGAGCCAGCCCCCUUCCCCUGGUCUAGCGCCAUGCCUCCGGCCUCAAACACACAGCACGGAGCACACAGGUCCAGAAAAGCUCUGUGUCUCUUCCAUUGGGAGCUAUAUUCUACUAGAGGCCACAGAGGGCACCCAGACAUAUCGAGCUGUCCAUCGCAUCACUGAGCAGGAGUUUACCUGUAAGGUAUUUUCGAUGAGGAAGUACCAUGAGCUCAUCGCUCCGUACACCCGUCUGCUUCCUCAUGACAACAUUUGUAAGAUAUCAGAGAUCAUUAUGGGCGAGCAGAAUGUGUACAUCUUCUUCGAACGCAACUACGGUGACAUGCACUCAUAUGUGCGCACCUGUAAGAGGCUCCAGGAGGACGAAGCCGUGCGUCUCUUCAAGCAAAUGGCAUCGGCGGUCAACCACUGUCAUGAAAAUGGCGUCGUAUUGAGAGACCUCAAGUUGCGCAAAUUCGUCUUUACUGAUGCACAAAGAACAAAGCUGGUUUUGCAGAACCUAGAGGACUCCUGUCUCCUCAACGGAGAUGAUGACUCUCUCACAGACAAGCACGGGUGUCCAGCCUAUGUGGGACCAGAAAUCCUGAACUCACGACAUUCAUACUCUGGAAAGGCAGCAGACAUUUGGAGCCUGGGAGUUGUACUCUACACAAUGCUGGUGGGUCGCUACCCCUUUCAAGAUGUGGAGCCUGCUGCCUUGUUCAGCAAAAUACGCAGGGGUGCCUUUACAAUCCCCGAGACUCUGUCCCCAAGAGCCAAGUCUCUAGUGUGCUGCAUGCUCAGAAAGUCACCACUGGAGAGGCUGGAGGCCCAAGACAUUUUGCUGCACCCGUGGCUCCACUGUAGCAACAAUACCUUUGUCAGCCAGCACCCUAACUCCAGGCACUCAAAUGACCAAGUGGUGCCAGACUUUGAGAAAGGAAAAGAAGGAGACUGUUACUGAAACAUGGUGAAGAACCAGAACGAGCUUUCACCUGCUUGCAUCUGCCUGCACUGUCUGUGAUCUCUGACUGUUUGAGGUGGCUGCAAAAUGAGAAACACUUAGCAGAUUCAAGACAAAGUGAACUGGAUUUCUGUUUGGAAUCAGGUUCCUUCUCUUUGUGGUCUAUACAAAUAGACCUAAGGUUGGUGUGAAUACCUAUGGUGAUACAUGCUGUUUAAGAUCAAAAUGAAAGGGCUAUAAAAUGGUGUUUUGGGGCUUUAAAAUGACUUCAGGAGUAGAUUUGCUAUUGAAGGCACAAAUGGACCUUUACCCCUCCACUCCUGCAAACAUUUAGUUCAACAGUGUUGUGAUUUUCAUGUAUAUACUUCAUACAAUGUACAUUUAAAUUUGUGAAAGACUUUGAUUUGUUUUGCCCGAUACCUCCGACUUGAAUCCUGGAAUACUUGAUGCACAGUAUGUGCCUUUUUAGUAUGUACUGUUUACAUAUUUUUCAGUGGGAAACACAGUAAUUUAAAGUGCCUUUUCACUAUGAAAAUAAGUUUAUAAUUAAGUAGGUUUUUUUUUUUGUUUUGUUUUUUUGAGUAACCUACCAAAGAUUUAAGUUCACCAAACCUCAUUAAAUGUGUGACUUUCUGAUAGGUUAGCCGAAGUGCUCACAUUGGCUUUCUUGUAUAUGAAGGGUUUAAAAGAAUAGUGUUUCACAACACUUAGAGGCAUAUCUGUUGUCUUGUGACUCACCCUGUUUUUGAUUUACUGAGAUAACAUGAUAGAAAAGAAAAAAUGUCGUGCCAUGUUCGUGUAAAUUAGAAGCUAUAAUCCACACACAUUCUCUCUUUCUCUCUCUCUAUGUAUGUGUGUGUGUGUGUGUGUGUAUAUAUAUAUAUAUAUAUAUAUAUAUAUAUAUAUAUAUAUAUAUAUAUAUAUAAACCAUUCAGGAUUAAGAUUCUUUAAAGCCAGGUUUGUAAAAGUGUUCUGAGGAACCUCUGAUGUUAUUGUUGGCAUGGUGUCUUUGUUCAUAGAUAAAACAUGACCUAGGGCUUGAGUACUGUCUGAUAUGUGUAUGUGCUGUGGGUGGACAUAGAUCCCCAAGAAUACAGAGUGUUCGUUCUUGCACACCACAGCACAUUACCACGUAAUGGUAGUGUGGUGUGUGUGACACACUGGAAAAAAAGAGAAGCAUUACAGUUGUCGGCAGUAAUGCCUGCGAACAGUGUGUUGACAGUCAUCAGUUUGUCAAACUAUUAUGUGAAUUUGUAAAUAUCUUUUUUUUUUUUUCUUUUUUCUAACUAUGGCAACAAAAGGACACUACAUUUUGUUCUCAGUUGAAGGGGUCAUUGUAAUUGUUUUGUAAGUAUUUGUUGCCAGUACAAAUAAACAAAGUACACACAAAAAA